CCCAUCGCGUUCUCCGUUUCAGCAUACCACGGUCACAGCGCUCUGUCCGGCUUGUAACCUGUGGCGCAGCUGUCCACAUAGAACGCGUUCAGGUGAAUGGGCGUAUAUACUGACGUACUGCAGCCUCGUUUGUGCAUCUCGUUCGGGACCACUGCGCUGGCUCUUGCCCUGAGCCCGUAGCAACACGCAUGCGCAAUCAACUGCGCAGCCUACCUCUCGCCCCUCGACCCUCUUAACGCCCACGCGACCCGCUCGUAACAAUUUUAGCACUCACCGGUCAACACUUACUCAAAUCGACCAUUGUUCUCGUAUUCUUUGCUUGCCUGACCGCACAGCCGCCCGCUCUCUGUCUACGACGACAGCCUCGAGGCUGACGUUAGGCACCACCAUGGCGGACCACGACACACCGGACGCCGCGCCGCGGCGGCCAAGGGCCCCUACCAUCACCAUCGAUACAUCCGCUGCUGGCGGCAAUGGCACGAACGGUUCAGUACCUCUUGCCAGCAUCGACCCUCACAACUCUAAUAAUAUGGACAACAACGCGUCGCCGGAACUGCGCAGCGCAGGUUCGUUCGAGAGUAAUGCUAGUAGGCCAACAUCGCCGCAUAAUGUAUCAUCGCCUACGCAAAAGUGGAACAAUGGAGGGAAUCUGCUGUCGGUACCGGGUGCGCACUCUCGCGGAAACUCGAUGGACUCGACGGGCGACCACGGCGAAUCGAAUUCCACGGCCACCUAUGUGGCAUCGUCGCAAGGCGAGACGCUUAAGGGAGAGAUGGGGCCUACAGAAGUUCUUAACGAUGAAGAAGCUUUGAAGCCUGAUCCUGGAACAGAAGCCGACUUUGAAGUUGAGAACAAUAAUUUCGCUUUUUCGCCCGGUCAGCUUGCUAAGCUUUAUAAUCCCAAGAGUUUGGGAGCAUUUCACGCAUUGGGUGGUCUGGAUGGCCUGGAGAAAGGUCUUCGUACAGAUAGGAAGGCCGGCCUAAGCGUUGACGAACAGCAACUUGAUGGCAUCGUAACUUUCGAAGAGGCUACCAUGCCAAGCCAAACACAAAAAUCUCUCAAGUCAUCAGCUACUGGAGCUAUCCGAAAUGACUCGUCAAAAGCGACAGGACCAAAUGCUUUCGCCGACCGGAUACGGGUGUUCAGCGACAACCGCCUUCCGGUGAAGAAGCCAAAGAACAUUUUCCAGCUAGCAUGGAUGGCAUACAACGACAAGGUCUUGCUGCUUCUGACAGCAGCUGCGAUUAUUUCACUUGCGCUUGGUCUAUAUCAAACUUUCGGCACUGCUCACACGGAAGGUAAGCCUAGGGUCGAAUGGAUCGAAGGUGUAGCCAUCAUUGUGGCUAUUGCAAUCGUCGUCGUUGUUGGUGCUGCCAACGACUGGCAAAAGGAGCGUCAAUUCGUGAAGCUAAACAGGAAGAAGGAUGAUCGACAGAUCAAGGUCAUCCGCUCGGGAAGAACCCAGCAGGUCCUCGUCUACGACAUCCUUGUUGGAGACGUUGUUAAUCUGGAACCUGGUGACAUGAUUCCCGUGGACGGCAUUCUCAUUCAGGGCCAUGGCAUCAAGUGCGAUGAGUCUUCCGCAACUGGUGAAUCCGACCUUCUGAAAAAGACUCCCGGAGACGAUGCUUUCCGCGCUAUCGAAAAGCACGAAAACCUGAAGAAGAUCGACCCUUUCAUCCUCUCUGGCGCCAAGGUGUCUGAGGGCGUUGGACAGUUUCUGGUCACUGCCACUGGUGUGAAUUCGAGCUACGGAAAGACGAUGAUGUCCCUGCGCGAAGAGAGCGAAGUCACUCCUCUGCAGUCGAAGCUGAACGUCCUCGCGACAUACAUCGCUAAACUCGGUAGUGCCGCCGCGCUUCUCCUGUUCGUUGUUCUUCUCAUUGAAUUCCUCGUCCACUUGAGAGGCAGCACCGCCACUCCCGCACAAAAGGGCCAGAACUUCCUUGACAUUCUUAUCGUCGCUAUCACUGUCAUCGUUGUCGCGGUCCCUGAGGGUCUGCCACUGGCUGUCACGCUCGCACUGGCUUUUGCUACAACUCGCAUGUUGAAGGACAACAACCUGGUGCGAUUGCUCAGAUCUUGCGAGACUAUGGGAAAUGCUACAACUAUCUGCUCAGACAAGACUGGUACCCUCACUCAGAAUAAGAUGACAGUCGUCGCUGGGUCUCUCGGUACCGCUCUGCGAUUUGGCGACCACAAUCUCAAGGCCUCCUCUCACGACUCGGCUCCUGGGGAUGAUGGCGCCAAGGGCAAAAAUCAUGAGUCUCCUGUCGAGGGUCCCAACGAUGUCUCCGCCUCUGAAUUUGCUGCUACCAUUAGCAAAGAUGUGAAGGAACUUCUCGAGGAAUCGAUCGUUCAGAACACUACCGCAUUCGAAGGCGAGGUCGGUGGAGCUGAUCCAUUCAUUGGCUCCAAAACUGAAACGGCCUUGCUUGGUUUUGCACGCGACCAUCUUAGCAUGGGCAACCUCGCCGAGGAGCGUUCGAACGCCAACAUAGUACAAGUUAUUCCAUUCGACUCGGCCAUCAAGUGCUCAGCAGCUGUUGCAAAGCUUGCUGAUGGACAAUACCGAAUGUACGUCAAGGGAGCCUCUGAAAUCCUUCUUGGCAAGUGUGACAUGAUUGUUACGGAUGCAUCAAAGGAGCUCAUCGCAGGCCCCAUGACAGGCGACAACCGCGAAGCUCUCGAGCAUGUCAUUACGGCGUACGCUUCCCGCUCCCUGCGAACCAUCGGUCUCGUCUAUCGCGACUUUGAGAGCUGGCCACCCAGAGAUUCUAAGCUCAUUGAAGACGACCCAAGCCAGGCCGUGUUCACCGACGUUUUCCAGAACAUGACCUUCCUCGCCGUUGUUGGUAUCCAGGACCCUCUCCGCGACAGCGUGAAGGAGGCCGUAAAGGACUGCCAACAUGCUGGUGUCUAUGUCCGCAUGGUCACCGGUGACAAUGUUUUGACAGCCAAGGCUAUCGCUGAAGACUGUGGCAUUCUUGUUCCUGGCGGUGUCGUCAUGGAAGGCCCUACUUUCCGCAAGCUGUCAAAGAGGGACAUGGAUGCCGUCAUUCCCAAGCUCUGUGUUCUUGCCCGUUCCAGUCCUGAGGACAAGCGCAAACUUGUGAAGCGUCUCAAAGAGCUGGGCGAGACUGUUGCUGUUACUGGUGACGGUACCAACGAUGCUCCUGCGCUCAAGACGGCAGAUGUCGGUUUCUCCAUGGGUAUUGCCGGGACUGAAGUCGCAAAAGAAGCCUCUGCCAUCAUUCUCAUGGAUGACAACUUUGCUUCGAUCGUCAAGGCCUUGCUUUGGGGUCGUGCGGUCAACGAUGCUGUCAAGAAGUUCUUGCAGUUCCAGAUCACAGUCAACAUCACUGCUGUUGUCCUGACCUUCGUCUCCGCUGUUUCCAGCUCGGAUCAGCAGUCUGUGCUUACCGCUGUCCAGCUUCUCUGGGUCAAUCUUAUCAUGGACACCUUCGCUGCUUUGGCUCUUGCAACCGACCCCCCUACACGAAGCCUUUUGAACAGAAAGCCCGAUCCUAAGUCUGCUCCUUUGAUCACUCUGAGGAUGUGGAAGAUGAUCAUCGGUCAAGCUAUCUACCAGCUCGUGGUCACCUUCAUCCUCUACUUUGCAGGCGAGUCUAUCCUUAGUUACGAAAGCGAGCGCGAACAGAAACAGAUGCCGACACUCGUCUUCAACACUUUCGUCUGGAUGCAGAUCUUCAACGCCCUCAACAACCGCCGCCUCGAUAACCACUUCAACGUCUUCGAAGGCAUCACGCACAACUGGUUCUUCAUCGGCAUCUUGCUGAUCAUGAUUGGCGGUCAAACGAUGAUCAUCUUCGUCGGUGGCGUUGCCUUCUCCGUUGUUAGGAUCAACGGCGCUCAGUGGGGCUACUCAAUCGUCUUGGGUUUCCUUUCACUCCCUGUCGGCAUGAUCGUUCGCCUGGUCCCAGAUGAACUCAUCCGCAGCUGUAUUCCUGAUUUCUUCAGGAAGAAGCGCAAUCCUGAGGUAGUCGUCACCGACGACGACUUCGAGUGGAACCAAGGUCUUCUUGAGAUCCGCGACGAGCUUGCCUUCAUCAGAAGAUUCCGUGGUGGCCGUCUCAGCAACAUCAAAUACAACGUGACCCACCCCAAGGAGAUCUUCACAAGGUCUAGGACCAGUUUCUCUCACCCCAGCACGCCCAACAACGGUGCUGUUGAGCAAGAAGGUUCCCCGGCACCCACACCAUCCAGCCGACGCCGCACCAGGUCACGCUCGAACUCUGCUUUCGGUCCCGCCGCUGUCAUGGCCGGCAUUGUUGCAGGCAGUAUAGGAGGAUGGUCGCCGAUUGGCAAGGAUGCUGGCGAUGCUGGUUCGCUCAAGUUUAGCCGCGACAUGAACAAGGACGAUCUCGAGGCACAGCCGGGCAUUGAGGUGCAUCCUCAGACCAAGUCGACAGAUCCGGUUCUCGCACCCGAUUCGCACGAAUACCGCGGCCCACCGAGCCAGCACACGGAAACUACCCCCAACUUCGCCAUCGGACCUUUCGCAGGAGACCCCAAGUUCAACGACAGCAAGAAGGGCGACACGAAGUCCUAGUUCACCUCCUCUCAUACACUCCUUCAACUGUACACCACUUUGCAUGAAUCGGCGUUCUCGGAGUUGCUUCCACAAGCUCCUUGCACUGCAGGACUGUGCAAGAUUCCACAUACAUGCUUUAAUGCCAAUACCCACCAAC